AUGCCCAGUAUGAUGACGCAAAUCAUAUUCCGGCUACUGACUGCCUGCUGGCCUCGGUUUAGGACACCUGAAGGGACACGAAGAAACGUGAACAUCAUUACUGUUGGCUUGGACAACGCUGGUAAAACCGUUAUUGUUGAGGCCUUCCAAAGAUUACUACCCAAUAGAAUGAAACAUUGCUUGAAAUCUGGACUGGUUACACUCCUGGUGGAUGAGUAUGAAGUUGCCAUCUAUGACCUGAAUGGAGACGAAAAGGGUCAAGAAAUCUGGCCGAACUAUUAUACACAAGCACAUGGAUGUGUUUUUGUCCUGGACUCCAGUGAUUUGGAUCGCAUGCAAGAAGCAAAGAUUAUCUUAACACGUCUGCUGUCAGAUAAGAGAGUGGCAGGGAAACCCAUGUUACUCCUAGCAAAUAAACAAGACAAGAAGGGUGCACUCCUACCUCGUGAUAUAAUAGAGUAUCUACUACUGGAAAAUCUAGUAAAUGAGAACAAGUCCAUCUGCAGAGUGGAAUCCUGUUCAGCAAUCAGAAUUCUACAAAAGAGGAACCAUCAACACAUUAUUGAAAGUCUGCACUGGCUAUUAUCAGCCAUUGGGGAAAAAUAUGAAGAUCUGAAUACUGGCCAACAAUCAUUCACCUCAGGCAUCUCAACUGCAAAGAACCCAAGAGGAUCUGGGAAAAGAUGCUCAUCAGACAGAUUUUCUACCAGAUUUGGAUUUGCCAAAGAUAAAAGACAACGUAUGCAGCAAUGUUCAGAGCAACCUAAACCACUAAAGCCAAUCCUGCAGAAAGAAGACUUAAGAUUAAGACCCAAGAAAAAUAUAUCAGUAUCAUUUGCUUUGGAUGAGCAUGUGGAGGAAGAACACAGGUCAAGAAAAAGAACAAUCACCUGGGACUCAGAUGAUAUGUUGCCGGAAAAUCCCUUUGAAUAA